GCACCCACCGUACAGGUAGUCAACACCAUCGCGUGCCUCAUAUGUGCCAAACCAUCUUAGCUGGCUCGACACCAUUUGACUCUACAUCACAACUCGAGCGCGUCUGGUAGCACCCUCUCCUAAUCUGUCGCGCGUGUCGCGCAGACAGCACCAACAUGGCCGCGAAACGCCCGCACUCGGCCAUGAACGCGAAAGUGGAAGAUGAUGAAGCGGUGGAUCCGUCGGAUGAGCUGAUGUUCCUCGCGCUCGGCGGUGGCAAUGAGGUUGGACGAUCUUGUCAUAUCAUCCAGUAUAAGGGCAAAACAAUCAUGCUGGAUGCGGGCAUUCAUCCGUCCUAUGAAGGCUUAGGCGCCCUGCCCUUCUACGAUGAGUUUGACUUGAGCACUGUUGACCUGCUCCUUAUAACACACUUUCAUCAAGAUCACUCUGCUUCUCUGCCGUAUGUCUUGUCCAAGACCAACUUCGCUGGCAAAGUGUUCAUGACACACCCAACGAAGGCAAUCUACAAAUGGACAACGCAGGACGCCGUUCGAGUCCACAACACGCAUGCUCCAGCUUCGUCGACAUCGGGCACUGAUGGCUAUGUCAGCCAACUGUACACUGAGCAGGACAUCCUUUCCACACUACCAAUGAUCCAGACCAUCUCCUUCCACACCACGCACUCGCACAAUGGCAUUCGUUUCACGCCAUAUCCGGCCGGCCACGUUCUGGGCGCGUGUAUGUACCUCAUCGAGAUUGCUGGCCUCAAUGUUCUGUUCACUGGCGACUACUCGCGAGAGAAUGAUCGCCAUCUCAUACCUGCAGCUGUCCCUCGUAAUGUCAAGGUUGAUUGUCUUAUCACGGAGUCGACUUUCGGCAUCAGCACCCGGACUCCCCGACAAGAGCGUGAGAACGCUCUGAUCAAAUCCAUAACCACCAUCUUGAACCGCGGUGGCAGAGUAUUGAUGCCCACGACUGCUGUUGGGAAUACUCAGGAACUGCUACUGAUCCUGGAAGAUCACUGGCAUCGGCAUGAAGAGUAUCGCCGUUUUCCUAUCUACUAUGCUUCCGGCCUUGCGCGAAAAGUCAUGGUGGUGUAUCAAACUUACGUCGACGAUAUGAACGACCGCAUCAAGGCCAAAUUUCAAGCUAGUGCUACAGGCCCGUCGGUCGGCGAUGGCGGCACGGCUGGGCCAUGGGACUUUCAAUUUGUUCGUGCACUCAAAGGUGUCGAUCGAUUCGACGACGUUGGUGGUAGUGUCGUGCUUGCAUCGCCCGGCAUGUUGCAGAAUGGACCUUCUCGUGCAUUGCUCGAGCGAUGGGCCCCCGACUCGAAGAAUGGUGUGAUCAUCACGGGCUACAGUGUUGAAGGCACAAUGGCCAAGAAUAUUCUGCUGGAGCCAGACAAUAUCCCGGCUGUGACUGUCGAUCGCUCAGCUGGUAACGUGCUAGGCAAGAAAGCUGGUGGUCCUGACGGAGAGAGACAAAUGGUCCCACGACGGUGCACGGUACAGGAAUUCAACUUCGCCGUGCACGUCGACGGCCAAGAAAACAGAGAAUUCAUCGAGGAGGUCGGAGCUCCCGUGGUCAUUCUCGUUCAUGGCGAGAAGCACAACAUGAACAGACUGAAAUCUCGUCUGCUUGGCACAGGGAAGAUGAAGGUAUACUCUCCAGCCAACUGUGAAGAAGUGCGAAUACCUUUUCGACAAGAGAAGGUCGCUCGUGUGGUAGGCCGACUGGCGUCUCAAGUUCAGCCUCCGACACUGCUACCUAGCCCGCCCGCAACGAGCGAUGACGAAGAGGAGACGACUGAAGGAGAGAACAAGAAGCCUAAGUCUGAGCUUGAUCACGAGUCGUCACUAGGGCAAGUGAUCUCUGGUGUCCUGGUUCAAAAUGACUUCAAACUCUCGCUCAUGGCACCCGAGGACCUCCAAGAGUAUGCCGGUCUCACCACAACGACGAUCAUCUGUCGCCAACAUCUCACGCUAGCUUCCGCAUCACAAGACCUCAUCAAAUGGGCACUCGAAGGCACGUUUGGUACUAUCGAUGUCCAGGCGCCCAGUACAAAUGGCAAAGCCGAUACAAACGGCAAACAAGAACACGCGGACGAGGAACUUCCUGCCCAUCACGCAAUCAUUUUUGAAGUCAUGGGAGGAUGUGUACGAGUGAUUUGCAAAGACCAAGGGCUAGUCGAGCUCGAGUGGGAAGGUAAUGCCACGAAUGACGGAAUUGCUGACGCUGUCAUGGCUGUUCUACUCACAGUCGAAAGCUCGCCUGCCGCUGUCAGGCAGAGUUCUCAGCUCCACGACCACGGUCAUGGCCAUGGACAUGGUGUAGGCAUGGCUGCCGGCAAGAGGAAUCCGCAUGCUAAUCUUACACCCGAGGAACGCCUUAAUAGGUUAUUCAUGUUCCUGGAAGCUCAAUUCGGCGAAGAAGCUGUGAACCCCAUCAAUAAGCCGAGAAUUUCUGGGCAAGGGAUGGAUGCGGAAGGUGGAUCUGAAGAUGUCGAUCUCGAGAAGCUGCAGCAGCAGGAACUUGCGCGUCUGGUCUCAGUGGGUGUUCCUGUACCUGGUCUGGAGAUUAGAGUUGAUAAGAAUAUCGCCAAGGUCUGGUUGGAGCACUUGGAAGUCGAGUGUGCAAAUAAGACAUUGGGCGAUCGAGUGAGAGCUGUCGUCGAGAGAGCUGUGGAAACCAUCGCGCCAAUAUGGGCUUGAAGUGCUCUGGACAGACGGAUUGAAACAGCUCAGACAGGAGGUCGUGGCAAAUAGACCCUAACUUAUUCCACCGGCCACAAAGAUUAUCCGAAAUUCAAAAUGUCUCUGUCGAAGUGCUACCGCUGCGAGUUUUCCGAGCCGAGGGUCUACCUAUAGUUCGUGAGUACAUGUACCUAGAAGGAGAGGGAGGAAGGUACCACGCAUAACUCGGAGCUGUGGCCGCCAACACGCCAAGACUCU